ACAAACACAGCUUUCAGCUUCACUUCCUGCUGCUGUCAUCUGAUUCCUUUUCCUGUUGGGAGAAAAGUUUCUGAAACCCGAAACCCCACCCUCUCUACUCUCUACUCUCCACUCUCCACUGACUGAGAGCAGCAGACCUAGAAGAAGAAGUGGUCCGAGGUCCAGACUCGAGGAAGAAGAAGGAUGAUAAUAAGUUAUAAUGGAGUUAUUAUAACACUGUUUGGACAACUAACGGUUAUUUAAACGAGGAGGACCAACGGCUCUAACGGCUCUAACGACCAACGGCUACUUUUUGAAAUGUUUUUGAAUGUUUUUACUGGAUAACUCUUCCUGUUAUGUUGUGAUAGUGUUUCUCUGAUAAGUAAUGGAUGCGGGACAUGCGGGAUUUCCUGCGGUGAGACGCGGUUAUUGGAGAUUUAAAGGGUUAACUUUAAUGCUAACUGGUUGAAAGAGUUGUGGUAAAAACACUGGUUGGUUGGCUGGACCUGAAUGCUCCUUUUCCUGCUAUUCUUCUCAGCGCUUCCUGCUUUGUUUGUGGUGGCCAACUGCACUUAAUGGCUAAAAAUACAUAAAAACUCCAAAUGGACAUCUAAAGUGGGAUUAUUUUGGAAUAUUUUAAGCUUCUUACACUUCUCCGGACAUCAGAACUCAACAGGUGCCAAUGAGAGGAAGAGAAGCUCAUUUAUUUCCAUAAUGAGGUGAUUUCAAGAGUAAAUACCAAAUGACAAUGGGCUCAAACCAUCACUUGAUUCAGUUCCUCAUCAUCAAACUAAAAAGCAAUCUCCCCCCGGCUGAUUCUGUGUAAUGUCAACACGACGAAUGAAAGACACUCCAGUUAUCUUUGAGUCCUCUUCCGUCGCCCACUUGUCGGUCAAGCCUUUUGAACACAUUUCACUGGUCCCUGAUGAACCAACAAGAAAGACAGGAAGACAGGGAGCAAGGCGCAAUAAAGUACUCCUUUGUACUUUAUUUUCAAACCCUUGGGGGUGCUGCUGCGAAAAAAAAAUCAGAUCCAGUCUAAAAAACAUCUGCGCAAGGCUCCAUGGAGCCGCUGAAGAACAUAUUCAGUCGCGGCCCGCUGUCAAACUGGAAGAAUUUGGAUCAAUCCCAAAAGGGGAACUUCACGAACCCGGUGUGGACGGCGUUGUUCGACUACGAGGCGUCCUGUAAAGAUGAGCUCACCUUGCGUAAAGGUGACCUGGUGGAAGUGCUGUCUCUGGACUCUGAGAUAUCGGGCGACGAGGGCUGGUGGGCGGGUAAGGUCAACAACAAGGUGGGCAUCUUCCCGUCCAACUAUGGUUCCUUCAAGCCAACUGGAUACGGGAAGCUGCCGGGCACCGGCGUGGUCGCCGAGCUCAGCCCGGCCGUGGUGAGCCAGUUCGAACCCGACGUUCUGGAUUUCCGGGAGUUGAGCCUGGAGGAGGUCAUCGGGGUCGGGGGCUUUGGGAAGGUGUAUCGCGGCACGUGGAGAGGCCUCCUGGUGGCCGUGAAGGCCGCCCGGCAAGACCCGGACGAGGAUAUCAGCGUGACGGCGCAGAACGUCCGGCAGGAGGCGCGCCUGUUCGCCAUGCUGACCCACCCGAACAUCAUCGCCCUGAAGGGCGUCUGCCUGCAGGAGCCCAACCUGUGCCUCAUCAUGGAGUACGCCUCUGGCGGGGCGCUGAGCCGGGCGCUGUCGGGGCGUCGCAUCCCGCCGCACGUCCUGGUCAACUGGGCCGUGCAGAUCGCCAGAGGAAUGUUGUACCUGCACAGCGAGGCCAUAGUGCCCGUCAUCCACCGGGAUCUCAAGUCCAACAACAUCCUCCUGGCUUCGCCCAUAGAGAAUGAAUGUAUGGAGGGCCUGACGUUGAAGAUCACAGACUUCGGCCUGGCGAGAGAGUGGCACAAGACCACCAAGAUGAGCACCGCCGGCACCUACGCCUGGAUGGCCCCUGAGGUCAUCAAGUCCUCCACCUUCUCCAAGGGCAGCGAUGUCUGGAGCUACGGCGUUCUGCUGUGGGAGCUGCUAACAGGAGAGGCACCCUACAAAGGGAUUGAUGGACUCGCCGUCGCCUACGGAGUCGCCGUCAACAAGCUCACCCUGCCCAUCCCUUCCACGUGCCCCGAACCCUUCUCUCUCCUCAUGUCAGAGUGCUGGGACCAGGACCCCCACCGGAGACCCAAUUUCAGCUCCAUCCUGACCCAGCUGACGGCCCUGGAGCAGCAGGUGAAGGAAGAGAUGCCGCAGGAGUCCUUCCACUCCCUGCAGGAGGACUGGAAACUGGAGAUCCAGGACAUGUUCGAUGAACUCCGGGCUAAAGAGAAGGAGCUGCGAUGCCGCGAGGAGGAGCUGAAGCGAGCGGCUCUGGAGCAGAAGUCCCACGAGGAGUUCCUGCGGCAGCGCGAGCAGCAGCUGGCCCAGUGGGAGCAGGAGGUGUUCGAGCGCGAGCUCAGCCUCCUCAUCCUCCACCUCAACCAGAACCAGAACCAGGAGAAACCCAACGUCAAGAAGAGGAAGGGCACCUUCAAGAAGCACAAGCUCAAAUGCAAGAAUGGCGAGAAGAUCAGCAACCCUCAAGAUUUCAUCCAUAAGAUUACGGUGCAGGCUUCCCCGGGCCUGGAGAAGAGGCGCAACUCUCCUGAUCUGGGUUCGGGCUCCUCGCCCUCCUUCGGCCCACGUUUCCGUGCAAUCCAACUCAGUCCCAGUGACAACAAGACGUUUGGUCUGAGCCCAGUCUGGCCCCUAGAGACCCCUUCUCAUAAACAAGCCAAUGGAGACAUGAGGUUGGGCCCCCACUGGAGGCCCCAGAGCCCGAAGAGUCCCAAAAGCCCUAAAGUCCUGCGCCUUAGUCCCCAGGAAAGCAGUCUGUCGAUGAGGGCCAAGCUCCUGGACUCGGACAGCAACGUGAGGGGGGAAUCCAAGGAUGACUUUGAGGAGUACAGACCCUCGGCGCCGACCCCUCUCCCCGCUCAGAACGGCUCCUCAGUGAAGGACAGCCUGCGGCUUCCUCUACCUCAGCGAGACUCGGUCAGCGAGGAAGGGUGUUCCUCCCCGGCUGGCUCCCCCAGGCCUGAGAGGCGUUCCCACGGUGGCCUCAUUAAGACUACCCACCGGGCUCUGCUGGGCGGCGGCUCGCUCCUUGCCUCCAUAGGACUAGGUCGCUGCCUGGAUAUUCCCCCAAGGGUACCCCCUCGGACUAACCUCCCUUCCUUGGAGAACCGCACCCCCUCCGAACCGGAGAUCUCCUCUCCUAUGCCCCUCAUUUCAGACCCCCCGGUGGUGAACGAUCUCAUCACCUUCUCCACCUCCGAGCUGCUCCCCAGACCACUCUUGGAUUUAGCUCUGCAGUACCAAGAACUGAAGCCGUUGCCCCUGACGCCGCCUCCGCCGAAUCCCCGCGAGAGGAGCGGCAAACGGACGCCGCAGAUGCCGCACAGUCCGCAGAGCCCCAGGACCCCCCUGCGGCAUAGCAAGGCCGGCCGGGGGGAAUGGACACCAUGUUGCCAUUCAACCAACGGGGAGCUGGCCUGUGAGGCUUGGGAGCAAAAAUCUGACCGGAGGAGGAGGUUGAGCCAAGGCCUGCACGCCUCUCAGCUAGUUUUGGACCUGCCCUUGUGCCAAGACACCCAGGACUCUGAUGACAAGCCUUCAGUGCCCUCUUUCCACCCCAACCCGGCCCUCUGGAGCCCCAAAACCCCCCGCCUGGAGGUCACCGUCAUCCCCCGGCCACGCCCGUCCCCCAUCCGCCCCCGCAUCGACCCCUGGAGCUUCAUCUCGGCCGGCGGCGGGAACACGGCCGGUGGCCGCAGCCCGCACCGCUUGGACGGCACCUCUCUGGGCUACCAACCUUCCCCUACCAACCCGUUCACCAACUGUGACCCCUUCCCCACACCGGACUGCGACCCGUUCUCCCUCAAGGCCGACCCCUCGAGCGGCUCGGACGCGGCUUCGCCCUUCGACCCCUUCUCGGCUCCCUUCCCCACCUCCCGUUCCGCCCCGUGCUCCACCAACGGCUCGCCCACGCUACCCACGUUCCGUAUAGCGCCCAUCAACACGGCCGACUCGCCCCUCAUCGACCUGGGCUGGCCGGCCUGCGGCAGGCCCCUAGAAGGCACCAAAGAGAGAGCUCACCCCCGCAAGACACUGGGGCUCAAGCCCUUCAAGUCGCCAACGCAACUCAGAGACGAUCGGUUCUAAACCUGUGGUGAGGCCCGGGUUUUUAUCAUGGCAGUCCAGGACCCCUUUCCACUACUAUGUCCUACAUCUGAACGAGGAUUUAGAGUCUUUCAAACGCACACCUGUCACUCAGCCCACUGAGGGAGGUUUCCCCCCAUGGGAGCCCCAAUCAUCGCAGGUCAUAUUUAUACGCCAGCCUGCUGCUUCGGAAGCUGGAAAGCCAGCGAAAGCCAAUGGAGGGUGGCACAUUGGAUUGUGGGAAAGCUUCCUUUGAACCAAUAGCUGGUGCCCAUUUCAUUCUCCCUCUCUCUAUCGGGGUUUGUCUAUCCCUUUUGAAGGAGCGGAUCACCAAUCCCAUCUUCAGAUCCUAUCAGACUGCUCAUAUCACCUGCUUUCAUCUCCCCCCCCCACCCCCACCACCACCACCACCUUUGAAGCAUUGUGACAAUGCAGAGGUGGAUAAGGCGACUUGCACAGCUUCAUCUGCCUCUACCUCUCUCUGCGAACUGAAAGCAUUCAGGACAAUGGAAAAAUUGGAGUGCCUUAUUUCAUGACGUGUUUUCAGUAUAUAUCUUUUCAAGAUUUCUUGAAUGGUUCUUCUGGUGCGUAGGGAAAGAUGCUAUGAAUUUGGCUUAACAUUUUUGCAAAUCAGCUUAGCGUUGCUGUGGAGGAAAAUGUCGUGUGCGUGUAUGUCUAGACUCAUUGUUCAAGGAAAGCUUUUUUUUUAAACAGCAUCUGCCUGUUGCAUUAUGGGAGAAAGCACUCAGUGGAGUAGAUAUUCCAGGCCACUCAUGAAGACAAACAAAAAAAAAAAUCCAUGACCCAGACAUUCCUCUUUGGAAGCAGAUAAAAUUCCAGUCACGUUCCCCCUUGAAAUGCCGGGGAUUGGACAGAUUCAUUGGGCUGGAGGGCAGCACAGGAAACAAGACGGGGGGGAGCCCUCUGCGUUCCCUUCAUAUGCCAAAGAAUGCCGCUGUGACGGCGUAAGGGUUUGCAAAUACAUUGUUUUUACCUCCAUGGAGUGCCAGACGGGUGGGGUAAGCCACACUGGACAAUACAGAGAAAGCUCAGACAAUCACGGAUAGUAUUUAAACUUUACUUUUCUGUGGUUAUCUUUUUUUAACCUCAUCCAGGCUGUCUUAUCACUACCCGUCUGAUGCUGCAGGAAGGUUCAACCAAAAAUACUUUCAAGUAUUUGCAAAUACUACGACACGUCUGUAUGGAAGCUUCAUUGAAUUAUUUAUUUGUGCGGUCCAACCGGAGGAGUUGUAGCCUCACAAAGCCAAGUCAAAUUU